ACUUUUCCUGGGCCCUAAGCAUCGCUGCGCUGUUCUUCUCCCGGUUUCUUCCUAUUGUUGCUGCUGUGGGUUGCAGUUAUGCGUUGAGUUUUUGUUGUUUAUCUGCGAGGAUCUGCUCACAAGAACUCGGUAAAAGACGUGUGGGUAAGCCGGCAUCGCGCGUGUGCCGCUCGUUUCCACGCUGAGAGGACUGUGCAUUGUGCGCGGUUUCCGUCCGCGAUUUCCGCUUUCCUGUCUAUCUGUUUGAUUCCACAAGACACUUUGGCUUGCAGGCCGUCUGCAUAGAUCGUUGAUCCUGUCAUCGUCCACAGAAGAAUCUGUUUUCCCGUCGACAAAAUGUUCUUGACGUACGUCGUCCGACCCGGCGAAGCGCCCGAAGGGCGCGGCCCACAAUUGGAGCCCUUUUGGUAUUUCAUGGUGAACUACAACUUGAGACUUGGCUUCCUGACCCAGUUGGCCGCCUACAUGGGGAUUGUUUUCACCAUUUCUGCCAGCGGAAGCAACAGCCUCGCGCUGCUCAGUGUCUUUCACGCUAGUCCCGAGGCUGUUGGACAAACACCGGUCUGGGUUGUCCAGCUCUGCUGCGGCGUCUUCAUCAUGGGUUCCCUCAUGACCAUGGCCUUCCAGUCUCUCGUCGACGACGACAGCAGCAUCAAACAAUCCCGCGGCUAUCGCUCCGGCACCAAAUUCCUCCAGUUCGGGUCAUCCUUCGCUGUGAUCUGCUGGAUUCUUUCACUACUCGUUUUCUACGCGGCCAACUACUACUUCGAUGACCCCUGGAUGCAGAAGCAGCUCGGCGGCGGAUCCACUUGGAUCACUUUCUUCACCGCUCGUCUUUGUGACGCUCUUGCCUUAGUGUUCAUUGGCGCCGGAAUCUUCUUCCUCGAGGUCUACCACUCUGAAGGCGCGGGCGAGGCCUGGGGCUGGCUGUGUGCCCUCUGCUUCAAGCUCACCGCUCUCAUUGAGGUCAUUGGCCUGACUGCCUUUGGCGCAGUGGGCUUCCAGACGUUGGAUGCCAUGUACACCAUCAUGCUGGGUGUUUCUCUGACUCUCGGCUUCGUCUGGGCUCUUCGCUUUGAGCCGGUUUCUCACCGCUUCGACGUGAAACUCACUCAGUCUGCCAUGAGAAACGAAUACUACAAGUCGCGAAACGCCAUGGCUUACUAUGGCCCCCCUGUACUGACUGCUGACGGAGAGAUCGAUAUUGCCUCUGCCGCAGAACAGGCUCAGGCUUGCCUCUCUCGCACAGCAUAGAGGGCGAAGAAGUUGCGGGGAGCGGAGAGAGAGAGAGAUUCGUUUUCUCACGCGAAAAAGAGGACGAUGUCUGUUCGGUGCAACACGGAACAUGCAAAGCGUAUACCCGAACCAUUUAGGUUUACAGAAUACGCAUGUGUCGUCGAAUGCGCAAAAGGCAUAGCCACAGACAUGCGAACUGGUGACAGAGGACACAGAACCAGCGUCGUAGUGCGUCGCUGUUGCUAGAAAAUGAAAAUAAAUCCACCGUUGAGAAACCGCGAAGACAUGAGCUAAGGUGCAUUCUGUUGGCAAACGAUGUUCUGGGCAGUUUCUGACUUCGAGACAUACCUGUCGGGGGUGGCAGUCAAAGCUGCCGACGCACGGUUUGCGUCAAGAGUAUUUUUGUACAGUGGCUUCUUCCCGUUUUUGUCUUGUUGUGGCCCGGUUCGCGGGAGACUCUCCGAUGCGGUGUGAGACUCCGUUUUUUCUGUGUGCUUUCCUCAUGGGAGUCCAACCUCUCCGAUCAGAUCCCGACACUGGGGAGAACCCUCUUUUCUCCCGCCACUGCUGCUCACGAAAGUAGAAACCACGAACCAUUUAGAAACUGCCGUUACGGGCAUUGGUGCUCCUCAGCGCCAGUUGGUCACGAAACACGCUUCAUCGGAGUGUCAACUCUCUGCAACGCGAGUAAGCGCCGAACUUGGUUGUGAUCCAGGUUCCGUACCUGUUUCGCCAGGAGUCAACUCUGCGGACGAGAGAACGAUUUGCUCGGGGUCCAAAAGUUUGUCAUUUUCUAAACAUAAUGCCCUUGGAAGCGCCCUUCGGAGUGCGAAUUUGAGUAGUGGGACUCGUUCCUCGGCGACAACCCGAGCCGCAGUGCAGCAAGCUGAAACUCA